AUGAGCGUCAACACCUCCAUGGCGAGCAUCGAGCACAUGAAGCUGAGCAGCAACAUGACGAACACGAGCAGUCGGAACAGGCACUCACUAGACGGCAAGUCGCUCAACGGGCACGACGUGAUCGUGAGCGUCAGACUGCACAAGCCCAGAGUGCGGCAGAUCAUGGUAAUGAUGGGGAUCAAGGUGCUUCGGACGAUCAGCUCGCAGGUGUGCCGAGAGGUGAACGCGGACGGGUGCACCCUCCCCCAGUGCGCAUUGAAUGUUCUCUGGGCAUGCCAGCCAUAUAUGGAGCCGCAGGCCCGACACGACCUUGGGCGUAUGGACAUCGUCUGCUCCCGCUGCAACGCGCUGCGUUGGCAUGCCGAAAGGGUCGCUUCCAAAUCGACCGCAAACUUCUCUGCAUUCAUAACCUGCUGCAAUCAGGGACAAGUUAGACUUUUGGUCUCGGAUCCACCUCCAGAGUUUAUCAGCAACCUCUUUACCAGUACAGAUGAUCCCCAGGCACAGGAGUUCCAAGAGAAUAUUCGGCAGUACAAUGCAGCACUCGCUUUUACGUCGCUCGGUGUUCAGUUAACGCUGGAGGGAGAGCACAGCCAGUAG